AAUGUGGGACUGGAUUGACUAUUUCAUGGACGAUGGAGGUGAAGAAGACCUUGAACUAGACUUCGAACCUAUCACCAGAACUAAAGAUCCCCUUGCUGAUGAAGACCCUGUAGAUGUUGAAAGCGAUGGAGAUGGCGAUAUUUAUGAAGACGAAGAUACCCUCUUUGAGAAAAAGAUUAAGUCAUAUCAGGAAGACCCUGAGAUGGAAGUCGGAUUCCCAGAAGAUAAGCAGGAGUACGAAGCCACUCCUUGCCUGGAAGAAGUCAUUGAUGAGUAUGAGAGCUACACAAGAGGAAGAGCCCUAAAGCCAUUGAAGAAGGGAAUCGGUUUGAUGCUUCAUGGAGACGCUGAUUUCUUCAAUGACUCAGAGGUAGAUGAAUAA